AUAUACUUUAGGUACGUAUAGGUACCAUACCUAGCAUGUAUACGUCCACAGGCACCUGGGCUUUCGAUCCUUGCCGCAUCCGCUAUCCGCUACCCGCUAAUGAAAGCUUAGGGGAUUUAGCUGCAACUUUAGGAUUUGCGAGCUCGGAGACAGGCGUGAAAUUUGGGAGGGUCCAAUUCUCACAGGGUACUUUUCCUCUACAUAUUAUUUUCGAUAGGUGUACGAAGUAUAUUAGGUAUCUACCUAAGGUUGUUUAUUCUUGUCAUCAAUGGAUUCAUUGUUAGUCCGGACUCAUAGAGUAGAAGAACAAUAAGCCUCACCGACUAAAAAUGGAUUUAUGAUCUAUAUCUCUUUCUUUCUUUUUCCUUUUUUCUUGUAGAGCGCGAGAGCGAAUUGACGCCGAAUAUCAGAUACAAGAUACAAAUACAGAUAUUUCCUGUCACGCCUUAAUUUAGUUGCUCUCGACUUAUGCGGUGUGACCUAGUCGUCGACAAGGUUUUCUUUACUUAUCGAGAACACAGAGAGUGUGUGUGAGAGUGGAGGCAGAACCUUAAAAAGAGAAAUUGCGCGGUGGUGGUCGUUGUUGAGUGGACUUGCUUAAAACAAACGCUAUGGCGACUACUGCUGGGGCAUUCAUAGCAGGCGGUAUUGCCGCCUGCGGCGCCGUCACGGCUACACAUCCCUUCGAGACUGUCAAAAUCCGAAUGCAGCUUCAGGGAGAGCUCCAGACCAAGGGCCACCAGCCGCACCACUACCGCGGGCCGUUCCACGGCGUGGGUGUCAUCGUGCGGAACGAAGGGCUGCGCGGGAUAUACCGCGGCAUCGGGUGCGCGUACGUCUACCAGGUGCUGCUGAACGGAUGCCGGCUCGGUUUCUACGAACCGAUGCGGAACGCGCUGGCGUCGGUGCUGCUGCGCGACGGCGCCGCCCAGAACCUCGCCGUCAACAUGUUGUGCGGCGCGAGCUCCGGCAUCAUCGGCGCCGCCGCCGGAAGCCCCUUCUUCCUCGUCAAGACCCGCCUCCAGAGCUACUCGCCCUUCCUGCCCGUCGGCACCCAGCACAAUUAUCGGAAUGCUAUCGACGGCCUCAGCCAGAUCUACCGCGCCGAGGGUUUUCGCGGCCUCUACCGCGGCGUCGGCGCCGCCAUGAUCCGAACCGGCUUCGGCAGCUCCGUCCAGCUGCCCACUUACUUCUUCGCGAAGAGGCGGCUCGUCAGACACCUGGGCAUGGAGGAGGGCGCCCCGCUGCACCUGGCCAGCAGCACCGUGUCCGGGUUCGUCGUCUGCUGCUUCAUGCACCCGCCUGACACGAUCAUGUCGCGACUAUACAACCAGAACGGCAACCUGUACAAGGGCGUGUUCGACUGCCUCGGCAAGACGAUCCGCACUGAGGGCUUCCUCGCCAUAUACAAGGGCUUCCUGCCGCACCUGGCGCGCAUCCUGCCCCACACCAUAUUGACCCUGUCCCUGGCCGAGCAGACGAACAAGCUCAUGCGCAAACUCGAGCUCAAGAUCCUACCCGCCACGCCGCUAUAAAAGACGUAAAUAGGGGGGAAGAGGGGGCGGGGGGAGC